AUGGCGUCUAACGGUAGCAUUUUUCUCUAUAUAACUGGAGGGUGGACCUUGUGGGUUCCAGGGCACACACCAGCGCCAGGGGAAAACGGGCCUGUGCACAUCCUGAACUUCGUCUCCCCACGCGAGCUCUCUCGUUCUUUUUACCUGUUUGAUAUGCCCAUUCAGCUGGUAAACGACUCCAGAGCAGCAGCGAUGAUUCCUGGGGGAAAGACACCUGAGGAAGUAGUUGCUGCUGUGGAGGAACUGCGUCGGGUAUGCGCGAAUGAUCAAAGCAUUCUUAUUGGGCGAUGCUAUGAUCCCAACAAGCCGCCACCACGGCAUCAACAGCCGCAAUACUCGAAUGCUUCAGGGGUGGGAGGAGAUGCUUUCGCCAUGUCCCAGACCUCAUCCCAAAAUGUUGCAGGCGCAAACCCGAAUCAGGCCCUUUUUCUGCAGCUUCUCCAGCAACAGCAGUGUGGGGCAAUGUCAUCGCAAGUCUCUCCGCUCCGUCAGCCGCCUCCAAUGGCGUUCAAUCAUGGCGCCAUGAUGGGUGGUGUAACUGCGGGUGCUUUUGUGGGAAAUAUGAUGAACGGCGCUGGAAUGAUGUCUGCUGCCCCCCAACUUGGGUUCGGUAGUGGCAAUUACUUCAAUCCUAUGAUGCCGAUAGGGCGCGGUGCGGGACUAAUGCCGGCGCCCAACGCAUACGGUGCUGCACCAUCGAGGAGAGCGGCACCGCCGAUGAUGGGGGGUCGAGGUGGCGGCAGGGGGUUUCCGUCCCACAGUCCAUUUCAAGCGCCAGCGCGGGACCAGCCGGAGCCUCUGCCGGACCUUCCACCCAUCCCACCGGAAAUUCUCGAGAUAUAUAUGAACCCGCAGCAGAAACUUAUGUGCUCAACUAUGCCGGGAGCACGCAUCACGGCUUGGUUGCGCGAGCACGAGAUUCCCACCGAGACGAAAAACCCAAGGUAUGUGUUCUGUAAGGGCGGUAUUGUGUUAAUGCUCAAGACAGUAGGGGAGGAAGUGGCGAACAGCAAGCCGGUGGAGCUUUUUGAUCAGCAACUCUGUGCACAUUUCCUAAUUCACAAUUACUGCUCGCGCAGUAAUUGUCUCCACCGGCACCACACUGAGGUACAGCUGCGGCAGCUCAUCGCCGCGAAGCACGUGGAACUGAGGUCCAUGACAAAGAAGGAACGUCACCGUCUCAGCGAGGAGGUGCUGGCGAAGGAAAGGGAAGGCCGCGCGCGUGCAGACGAAGAGCGUGACCAGCGUAAGGAGCGCAUGGAAGGCAAGAGGCGGCGUGAGGGCGGUGUAGGGAGUGGUGAUGCUGUUCAUUCUGCUCCUGUUGCAGCUGCUGGUAUUAGUGGUGGUGUGCUGUCAUCCACUGGUUUCUCGCGGCCGCCGCUCUCACACGUCGAUGUUGGUAGCUCAGAUGAAGAAAAGGACUCUGACAAAAAGUCAAAAGAAUCACGCGAUGAACAGCUCACUAACGAGGAGAGGGGUGGGAGUCACGAGGAGAAACAGUCAAAACAACAGCAACGGCAGGUGGUGCAGAAGUCGGUGGCGUCACGGCGAGGUGGGCCGAUCCCGUCCCGUCGUGUGGUGAACCCAGCUGACAUCGGUGUCACCGACAGCGACAGCGACAGUGACAGUGACAGUGACGGCGAGAACUCGUCCACGUCGUCAUCAUCUGCAAGUCCAUCCGAACCUGCGGUAUCAGAUACCGCCAAGAAAGCCACCGAUGCGAAGAUCGGCACUCCCAAGGACACGGAUGGGGAGGUAAAAGUGAAGGAAUGCGUGGAGCCCACGGCAGAAGCGGAGAAAGAAGCGUUGAUGGAGCCCACGGCAGAAGCGGAGAAAGAAGCGUUGAUGGAGCCCACGGCAGAAGCGGAGAAAGAAGCGUUGAUGGAGCCCACGGCAGAAGCGGAGAAAGAAGCGUUGAUGGAGCCCACAGCAGAAGCAGAAGAAGGUGCAUCCAUGGGGCAGGAGACGUCUCAUCAGCUGGAGCUGAUAGAGAAGAACACAGGCGAGGGCGGGGGCACAGAAGCAAAGCUUCCGCCGCAGGAUGAGGGGGAGAAUAAGCAGCAAACAACAAUGACGGCAGAGGCGAGCGAAAAGCCUGGCGAAGAGCAAGCACAGGGGGCGAUCGCCCCGGAGGAUCCAGUGGAUGACGACGAUAGUAAGAAAAAGAGAAAAACGAAGAAAAAGGGUCCUGUCGCAAAGCGGCCGCAUUCUGGUGGGGCGAAAACUUCUUCUGCCAAGGCCAAGCAAUCAAAGAAGUGA